AUGCUCUACCCCGCAACCAAUAUAACAAUUGUCCAGAAGGGGGACCUCUCUCCGGGGUUCCCCACCAGCGCGCCCUACCACACAAAGGACACCCUCAGCCCCACGGCUGCCCCCUGGGCAUCUUCGGUGCCCCAUGACCGUACCCCCGCAACACUCAGCCCAACCAAAAGCAUCCCUUCCCAUACAACCGAGGAAACCAGCCCCGGCCCUGCUCGUAAGCGCAUCGGCUCUGCGGAGGACCUGAAGCACUUUUUGAAUGGCCAGACAGUUAAGGACUUCAUGGCCUUUAUCCUCUCCAUCAAUGAGGCCGUAAAGGGCAAGAAAUGCAACGACCCGUCGUACACCCCGUCACCGGCGGUGCAGCGCAUGUGCGCGCUAUUGACACAGCUCGAGACGCUCGUGGACGAGGUGCCGCCGGAGCAGCAAAGCCUGCGGUACGGCAAUCCAGCAUUCCGUACUUGGAUGGCACGACUGGCUGAGCGCGCUCAUGCGCUGCUGGAGUCCAUGCUGACGGAGGAGAUGCGGCCGGCGGUGGUGGAGUUGCUGCCGUACUUCCUGGACAGCUUUGGCAAUGCGACGCGCAUUGACUACGGCACCGGUCACGAGACGCAGUUCUGCGCGCUGCUGUACUGCCUGGCCAAGAUCGGCGUGUUCGGGGAAGAUGACCGGCAAUUGGCCGUGGCCGCAAGCGUGGGGCAGGGCUACGGAAGCCAGAUUGGAGAGGGAGCUGGGCGGUUUCUCUCCAUGGGGUUGGGCCUGGGCCUCGUGAUAUUCAAGCAGUACCUGGAGCUAAUGCAUAAAAUCCAGACAACCUACUGGCUGGAGCCCGCCGGCUCUCACGGUGUUUGGGGGCUUGACGACUACCAGUUCCUGCCCUUCAUCUGGGGCUCUGCGCAGCUGAUCGCACAUCCCAUGAUUAAGCCCAAGUCCAUACACAAUCCUGACAUCUUGGAGGCCUACGCCAGUACUUACCUAUACCUGAACUGCGUUAAGUUCGUGAAGCAGGUGAAGAAGGGUCCUCUUGGCGAGACGUCCCCUAUGCUCAACGACAUCAGCUGUGUGCCCACUUGGGCCAAGGUGAACAGCGGUAUGAUCAAGAUGUACCAGGUAGAGGUGUUGUCCAAGUUUCCCAUCAUGCAGCACUUCAUGUUUGGGACCCUCCUGCCGUUUGAGUAGCGCUGGGAAAGGAGUGGGAAUUGGAGGCUAGCCGCAUGUUGAAGGCGGCGUGGUUCUGGCUGGCCUGUUGUACGGGGACGGUUUUGCACUUGUGCCGUUGUGUAUAGGAAACUCAGCUGCAGGAAGUGAACACGGAGUACGCGCGGCAGAGGCGGAAUGCUCCUGAGAGGAAACGAGCGCCAGAGCUGCUCUUGGCGGUAUGGCAGCUUUUUUGCAACGACUGAGAUGCCAACUAUGUUGUAACCAUGGUGGCGAAGGGCUCGCAUGAUAGGGUGGGAAAGGCGCGUCUGCGUGAGAUUGCAGCUUGUUUAGGCACGGAAAGGACUGCAGCGGUGAAUGUAACAGUGAAAAGGUAU